AGAAUCUCCAAAUGAGUGAUUAUCAAUGAAUAACACAACGGGCAGACUUAGGCGCAAUAAGGCCACAACUUUUGAAUCUCCAAGCAUUCCAAAAGCAUUCUUCGAUCUCCAACACCAUUUUAUAUUCAGCAAGAGAAAGGCUCCGGUGGACGGCAUUGAAGCUAUUCAACGAGAUGGGGCAUCUAUAAGUGAACACGCUGUUGUAAAGUAUGCAAACGAUGAAAGACCGGAUGAGAAAGAAAAACAAGAUCUCGAGAAUAUGUUCAAAACAGUUUUAAGGAUAGGAGUUCAAAAUUCCGAUAUCGUGUACACACAUCUACUACAAUUAUCACAAUGCUAUGAGGCCAUGGCUAGGAACAACAAACUUAUCGUUUUCACAAAUGACAUAUCAGUACGGAAAGCAUUCAACGGUUUAAUUUAUAAUUGCAUGCGCACAGGCUUAGUUGCUGAUUCACAAACACUGGAGAUUACCGGAGUUCUUUCGGUUACGGACUUCAUUAUGGUUUUAAUGAUGUUGUGGAAAUAUCGAGAAAAUUUGGAUGAGCUUAAGGGGACUCCACUGAGCCACGAGGAUUUUCGGCAAAUGGAUAUUGCUUAUAUGCCCAUAUCUAGAUGGAAAGGAUGUCUUGAAACGAAAGGACAAUUAAAGCCAUUCAUCAAUAUUGGUUUGAAGGAGAGCAUUUUUCGCGCUGUUGAAUUGCUCACUAAAUAUAGAAUUCAUCGACUUCCCGUCAUGGAUGAGAAGACGGGAGAUUGUGCGUACAUAUUGACACAUCGUAGGAUAUUACACUACAUUUGGAAGCAUUGUGCUCUACUACCAAAGCCGGAAUGUUUGAGUCAACGAGUAGUGGACCUGGAAAUAGGAUCGUGGAAAAACUUGAUAUUUGCAAACGAACAAACACCGCUGAUCGAAUGCCUCGACAUGUUGAUUGACAAUAACAUCAGUGGUAUUCCAAUAGUUCAGAAAAAUACUUUGAAAGUUCUUGAAGUGUACACCAGAUUUGACGCCGCGUCAGCCGCAUUUUCCGACCACAUUGAUCUCAGUGUUUCUGUAACCAGAGCAAUUCAAGAAAGAGACUAUCAAAAUGGAAUUCGUCGUGAUGGAGUUGUCACUGCAAACUACACUACCACUUUAUGGUCCCUCAUUGAAAUUUUCAUCGACAAAAACGUUCAUCGGAUUUUUAUGGUUGACGACCGCACAAUUCUGAAAGGAAUAAUUUCAUUGUCCGAUGUGAUAGAAUUCCUGGUUCUCCGUCCGACUAAGAAGAAUGGUGUUACAACCGGUGAACCAAUGGAAAAGUGAUUUAAGACAACAACAACUCUGUGUCAUAUGCAUCUCAUGACUAGGCCCGUCUGCUUUAAUUUUUGAAUUACAUCAUAUCUCAUAAUUUCUGUUUUAAUUUGAAAUUAAAAAAAAAAACAAUUUUU